AUGGCGGCUGCUUUUGCGAGACAUGUGUCUGCUAGCGCGAUACUAAAUUCAAUUUCAAAGUCAUGUAUCCUAUCUUUCAAAGCUCAAAACGUGCGACAUUUGUACGGCUCGGCAGUGCUGGGUUUGGACAAGUACUUGGAACAGCGGGAGAAAAUGAAGCAUCAGUUUGGCGAUGCUAAAGAGAAGUUUUUCCAGCGAAUAAGCCAGUACUUCAACACCGACACUCCUGGGAUGGUGUUUACGGAAGAUCUCAAGCAUGUUGCCUACUUAUGCGAAGACAAGGACUCUGACAUUGAAUUGGUGGUCAAGAUGAUGAAAAGGUUCAACCAGCAGAAUAAGGAACUGCGUUUUGGGACAUUCGUCUUUGGACCUGUGGUUCUCCGUCUGUUUUACCACUUGAAGAAACCAGAUGCAGUUUUACAACUGUUCAAAGACCAGGAGCUGGAUGGCUUCUUCGACCAGUUCUCAUCUUACCAGAUCGCCAUGGACCUCCUGUUUAAAGAGCAACGCUAUCAGGAUGUUGUGGACAUCUUCAAUAGCAUGCAACAGAAGCAGCUGUAUGGAACCAAGUACCCACGCGAAUGUGUCGUCCUUGCCUUAGGAGCCUGCUACAAGUUGAACACCCGUGAGUCGUACGAGUAUGCGCUCAAGCUUAUUCAUGACGCCCGGUCUGUAGGAGCUCUGGUGCUACGCAAGGGUCUGGCCUUUGCUGCUAUGCUGGCUGUCAACCAUAAUGAACCUAAGGUUGCCAUGGAGCUGCUGGCUCUGACAGCACAACUCUCUUACAUCACAGUCCGUAACAUUCGAAUGAUGGCUCUAGCAGACCUAGACAGAGUGGACGACGUCUUUCUUACUUUACGGUCUAUCAUCCACCAAGAUGUGCCUGUUCAGUCACGGAUGGAGCAGCAAGUUUGCCAACAAACGGUGGACAAAGUCGACGAGUGCUUGCUUCGGUUAGGUGACAAGGAAAAGACACACAUCUUUGAGCAGAUGAAGCGGGCGCUACGCGAAAACAACCACCUUUGUCCGCAGUCACUUGAUGACCUCCUCUGCCAGCCAUUGCUCACGCGGCCAACGCCAAAGGACCGGGAUGUGGAUCGCACUGCAGGUUCCGGAGUAGGAGGGACAUACACAUCUGGAUAUCGUGCGCCAAUAAGGGGAGCUUCGGGUGUCCGCUAUCCAGUUCGACAUCGGCAAGGACUGGGAGAUGUCGACGAGUAGUCGUCACUAAAUCUAUGCUAGAAAGGUUCAACUUCGUUUUCUCCCCCAAGAGACUUCUUUCCCGUUGGUCUCUGUGCAUACUCAGUACAGAGAAAUGGCCAAUUUUUAUAGAUUCUGCAUUGCUUCAAUCGUGAUGUUCGCAAUCCAUCAGUGUCGUUCCCUCUUGAAUACAGGAAAAACACAUGUACAACUUGCUUGUGCAUCAAUCUGGCAGCGUGAACAGACAAUAAUUAAACAUUAAUAAUUUAUAAACAGGUGCUUAUAGUUGAUUGCUUCUGUAUAGCUGGCACAACGCACUAUCACCAUGCAUGGAGACAUUGCAGAGGCAUAUUCUCUAGCACUGCUUUGUGGCUAGAUCGUACCUUCUCAAGCAGCUUAUUAACAGGCAAAAUUGUUAAAUUGCAGAAGUUCAUCAGCUGCUACUCUUUGGAAUUUUUUACGGCUUAGAAAAUUGUAUAAAGCAAUUCUAAGGACAUUUUUAUACGAGGCCUUGUGGAUGUAGAUGCAUAACAUCCCAAUUUUCCAAUUCAGAAAAUCUUCAAUUAGAGAAACUGCAAUAUUUAUUUAUACCCUUAGUUUUGCUCUUUAGCAUCAAAGCUGCCAUGAACUUCAUGAAUGUUCGAGCUAGGGAGAGAUGUAAUAAGACAGGACAAGAAUCAGUGCUUUCAUCGCGAAGCCCUAGUAUGAGUAGUUGUGCCGUCAAGACCACUUGAGCCAUGCAUUGACACGGCCAUGCCGUCCUUCUUGUACGUAGCAAUCGUGUACACAGAAUGUAAAAAGCUUGGGCACAGAUCGUCAAAGUGGAAAAAAUAAAGUGGUUACUCAGAUA